AUGUGGGUUUCCACGUGUCUUUCCUAUCCAGCAGUCCUUGCCAUUCAAGCAAUUUCAUUUGGCGAGUAUAUCAUUACAGGUAUCGGUUGCAAAAAAUGUCCUUCAGUUGCCAAACGUCCUAUUUUCAGGCCUCGAUAGUUGGAUAACAGUCGACGAGAAGUACAGAUUCAUGGCCUACCGUCUAGUCGGAUUUUCCAUGCUUUGUAAGAAAGCACGCUUUUUUUGAAAAACAUACACUACUCAACAGAAAACUUUUCAGGGCCUCUAAUGUUUCUAAACUUUUUCUCGCUCAAGAAAGUGGCGGGAGCUUUCCAAAUAGUUGCGACGGCCGUAAAAUUGAUAGUGGCGUCGGUGAUCAUUUUCACAGGAAUGUACCAUAUUCUGUUCAAGCACGACACGAAAAAUUUUGAAAAUUCGUUCAAAGGAUCCGAUUGGAACGCAGGAAACCUGGUGUUGGGUGUCUAUUCCGGACUGUUUGCUUAUAAUGGAUGGGAUGUUUUGAACUUUGGCGCAGAAGAAAUUGAGAAUCCACGAAGGUAUGGACAUUUUGAAACUAAGUAUGUUGGUUGCAAAACGACACAUCUUUCAGAACGAUGCCAAUCGCCGCGAUCAGUGGUAUCACAAUCUCGGCAAUUGUUUUUAUUCUGAUGAACGUAUCCUACUUUUCAGUGCUAACUGUUGAAGACUUCAAGAAUUCACCGGCUGUUGCAGUGGUAACGAGAGUUUUAAAAACACACAAAAAUAAAGUUAAUUGCAGACCUUCGCAGAGCGAACGCUCGGAGAUUUUCACUACGCCAUUCCCUUUCUCAUUUCCCUUUUGCUCAUCGGUUCCAUGAACACGACCAUAUUCGCGUGUAGCCGUUACAUGUAUUCCGGAGCCAAUCAAAGUGUAAUGCCGACGCCGUUGCGCCUGAUUCAUUACACGAGUCGGAGUCCAAGAUUGGCGGUUUUCGCCGAAGUUCUAAUAGCGAUUUGCCUCAGUUUUAUCGGAAAUCUAGACCAAAUUAUCAGCUACAUGUCAUUUGCGCUUUGGUCUCAAAGAACUUGCACUCAAGCCGGGUUCAUUUAUUUCAAGCUUACUGGAAAAAUUGACAACAAAGACAGUUUUGUGGUGCCGAUCUUUGUGCCGAUUACAUUUUUCUUGAUUUGCAUUGCACUUCUAGUGAUUCCGAUCACUCAGAACUACCACGUGGCUAUUUACGGACUGAGCAUGACGGCUGGCGGAGCGCUCAUCUACUUGCUCUUCAUUUAUCCUAAAACUUUGCCCAACUUCUUGUACAAAAUUAACGGUAAUUUUUAAAGCAAUAUGUAUAUUUUCAAAGAGCCCAUCUUCAGAUAAACUCGUGAAAUUCGCUCAACUCAUUUUCAAUGCGGUCAUUGAUAAAUUCGAAGUUUUGGAGGAGUAUAUUGAAGAAGCUUCUGUUUUGAAACUCAAGUUUUGA